AUGGGGUUGGAGAGAAUGUCGCAGGUCGAUGACUUGGCCCUUGCGGAAUUGAGACCUUUCCAUCAGAUGAAGACAGACGCAGAAUUAGCACAGUCUUGGAGACACGACAAGUCUUUCUACGAAAGCCGCGACGGUGCACUCAACUCGAAAACAACAGACCAUGGCAGCUCAAGACGGAUCAAUCAUGGCAACACUUUGGGCUUCUCUACUCCUGGACGUCUGGCUUCAAGUGCCCUGAGCCCGAUUGUAGAACGAGAAGACAGAGAGGUUGCGCAGGUGGCACCUAUGCAUCUCGCACGACCAACUUGCCCUCCGAGACUGCUCUCUGGAGAAGAGCUAUGGUGGCCGAUGAAUGGCAAGGGCGACAUCAGAGUCCAUGUGUACCUCUGUACCAGCGUGCCUUCUUCGGCCCAGGAGCUCGUCAGAUACUUCAAUCUUCGACAUUUGUUUGGCCAAGAGCUGUCGCCGGCGUCAAACUCCCCGGGCAAACCAUCCUCGCGUACCAUGAGAGGAUUGCGCCCGGGAGCUGUCCUCCCAGUCCCUGGCCGGAGCGUUGCGUCGGAGUUCCCGCGACGCAGCCCGUCAACUCACUCACCGUUUCUUCCUGCGUCUAGCUGCACUCCCAUCCCUCUUCGACGGUCUGCCAGCAACUACCCUGCCGAGAGAAUCUGCCGUGAGCUGGCAUCCAAGCUGCCAAUCCUCGGUGCGACGUUGACACAGGAAAUACGCAGGGUCAGACCGAGGGAUAAGAUCGUUGUCCCGAUGCCCUACCCUCGAGCAUGGCCCGAGACUGUCCGAUAUUUAUCUUCGGGCCAGCCCGACUUCCUAUCCGAGGCGGUUCGAUGCAACAUCUCCAACCUGGGUGGCAGGGUUUUGAUGGCACACUCUGCACUUUAG